GCUCCGCGACCGAGUGGAGAGCGCAGCCGGGCGCACCCCGUCCCACAGCCGGCUCCAGCCGCUCCGCAAGCCCUUGUGCAUCCGCCGCCGCCUGCAGCAGGAGGAGCAGAGGUGGGAGGAGGAGGAGGAGGAAGGCGGCAGCCCGCCCGCAGCGGGGCACGCACGUGUGCGCGCAGACCUCGACGGCCGCCCUCCAGCAUGCUGCUCGGACCCGCGCAGGGCUGAGCGCCGGAGAGGAGCUGAUCGCUGCGGCGGGAGAAGAGCAGAGGGGAGCCGGAGCGGCUCCGCGGAAUCACCCGUGCGCCCGUCCCGUCCGACCCGCACGCAGUCCGCCGAGGGAGCGGCGGUCCCGCAGCAUGGGCGGCCGCAGCCCCCGCGCUGCCGCCGGGCCCCGCCGCGCCGCUGUCCUGGUGCUGCUGCUGGGGCGCCUCGCUCUCUGCCUCGCCGUGGAGGGAAAGAAAGUUUGUCAAGGGACAAAUAACAAGCUGACUCAGCUGGGACAUGUGGAAGACCAUUUCACCAGCCUGCAGAGGAUGUACAACAAUUGCGAGGUGGUACUCAGCAACCUGGAGAUUACAUAUGUGGAGCACAAUCGUGACCUCUCUUUCCUGAAGACAAUACAGGAGGUUGCAGGCUAUGUGCUCAUCGCCCUUAACAUGGUGGAUGUCAUUCCCCUCGAAAACCUUCAGAUCAUCCGAGGCAACGUGCUGUAUGACAACUCUUAUGCCCUGGCUGUUUUAUCCAACUACCACAUGAAUAAAACACAGGGACUCCGACAGUUGCCAAUGAAGCGGCUUUCAGAAAUUCUCAAUGGAGGUGUUAAAAUCAGCAACAACCCCAAACUGUGCAACAUGGAUACUGUUCUUUGGAAUGACAUCAUCGACACAAGCAAGAAACCUCCAAAAGUGCUUGAAUUUGCAAGCAACCUGUCUUCUUGUCCCAAAUGCCAUCAGAACUGUACAGAAGACCACUGCUGGGGUCCUGGUGAACAAAACUGCCAGACAUUAACAAAAGUCAUCUGUGCUCAGCAGUGCUCUGGUCGGUGCAGGGGAAAGGUGCCCAGCGACUGCUGCCACAACCAGUGUGCCGCGGGGUGCACCGGGCCUCGGGAGAGUGACUGCCUGGCAUGCCGCAAGUUUCGGGAUGAUGCUACGUGCAAGGAUACAUGUCCCCCCUUGGUCCUGUAUAACCCCACCACUUACCAGAUGGAUGUGAACCCUGAAGGAAAAUACAGCUUUGGAGCCACUUGUGUGAAGGAAUGUCCACACAACUACGUGGUAACAGACCACGGCUCCUGUGUUCGCUCAUGCAACGCUGAUACUUACGAAGUGGAAGAAAAUGGUGUUCGGAAGUGUAAAAAGUGUGAUGGGCUAUGCAGCAAAGUGUGCAAUGGCAUUGGAAUAGGUGAACUUAAAGGGAUCCUCUCCAUAAAUGCUACAAAUAUCGACUCCUUCAAAAACUGCACCAAGAUCAAUGGGGAUGUCAGCAUUCUCCCAGUUGCAUUUCUAGGUGAUGCCUUCACGAAGACCCUACCUUUGGAUCCCAAGAAACUGGAUGUCUUCAAAACAGUCAAAGAAAUAUCAGGAUUUUUGUUAAUUCAAGCCUGGCCUGAGAAUGCUACUGAUCUCUAUGCUUUCGAAAAUCUGGAGAUUAUACGAGGCAGAACAAAGCAGCAUGGCCAGUAUUCCCUUGCCGUUGUUAACUUGAAAAUACAGUCCCUAGGGCUGCGCUCCCUCAAGGAAAUAAGUGAUGGAGAUGUUGCCAUUAUGAAGAACAAGAACCUCUGCUAUGCUGACACCAUGGACUGGAACAGCCUGUUUGCAACUGAGAGCCAGAAAACGAAGAUUUUACACAAUAGAGAUAAAAAUGAGUGUGCCGCUGCCAAGCAUGUUUGUGACCCCCUGUGCUCAGACGUAGGCUGCUGGGGCCCAGGGCCCUUCCACUGCUUCUCCUGCAGGUUUUUUGAUCGUCAGAAGGAAUGUGUGAAACAGUGCAACAUCCUGCAAGGGGAGCCAAGAGAGUUUGAAAAGGACUCCAAGUGCCUCCCCUGCCACCCUGAGUGCCUGGUGCAAAACUCCACCAUGUACAAUGCAACCUGCACUGGACCUGGCCCUGACAAUUGCAUGAAGUGUGCCCAUUUCAUAGAUGGCCCUCACUGUGUGAAAUCCUGCCCAGCAGGGGUUCUGGGUGAGAAUGACACCCUCGUCUGGAAAUAUGCUGAUGGGAAUAAUGUUUGCCAGCUCUGCCAUCCAAACUGCACCCGGGGGUGCAAAGGGCCAGGUCUUGAAGGCUGUCCAAAUGGCUCCAAGAUCCCCUCUAUCGCCGCCGGUGUUGUCGGAGGGCUCCUGUGCCUGGUGGUGGUGGGCCUGGGCAUCGGCCUCUACCUGCGGAGACGCCACAUCGUCAGGAAGCGCACCCUGCGCCGCCUGCUGCAGGAGAGGGAGCUUGUUGAACCACUGACACCCAGUGGGGAGGCACCAAACCAGGCUCAUCUGAGAAUUCUAAAGGAAACAGAAUUUAAAAAGGUCAAAGUUUUAGGCUCUGGAGCUUUUGGCACUGUUUAUAAGGGACUUUGGAUCCCAGAAGGAGAGAAGGUUAAAAUUCCUGUUGCUAUUAAAGAGUUGAGAGAGGCUACAUCACCAAAAGCCAACAAGGAAAUACUUGAUGAAGCUUACGUGAUGGCUAGUGUUGACAAUCCUCAUGUGUGCCGCUUGUUGGGAAUCUGCCUCACUUCAACUGUUCAGCUUAUCACACAGCUGAUGCCUUAUGGCUGCCUCCUGGAUUACAUCCGAGAGCACAAGGACAACAUCGGCUCGCAGUACCUCCUCAACUGGUGUGUGCAGAUUGCAAAGGGAAUGAACUAUCUGGAGGAACGGCGCCUGGUGCACCGUGACCUUGCUGCCAGGAACGUCCUUGUUAAGACUCCUCAACAUGUGAAAAUCACGGACUUCGGGCUGGCAAAGCUGCUCGGUGCAGACGAGAAGGAAUAUCAUGCUGAGGGAGGCAAGGUUCCUAUCAAAUGGAUGGCAUUGGAGUCAAUUUUACACCGGAUUUACACUCAUCAAAGUGAUGUCUGGAGUUAUGGUGUGACAGUUUGGGAGCUGAUGACAUUUGGUUCCAAGCCGUAUGAAGGGAUCCCUGCCAGUGAGAUCUCCUCUGUCCUGGAGAAGGGCGAGCGUUUGCCGCAGCCCCCCAUCUGUACCAUUGACGUGUACAUGAUCAUGGUCAAAUGCUGGAUGAUCGAUGCAGACAGCCGUCCCAAGUUUCGUGAGCUGAUAGCUGAAUUCUCAAAAAUGGCCCGUGACCCUCCACGCUAUCUUGUUAUACAGGGAGAUGAUAGGAUGCACCUGCCCAGCCCUACGGACUCCAAGUUUUAUCGCACCCUGAUGGAGGAGGAGGACAUGGAGGAUAUAGUGGAUGCAGAUGAGUACCUCGUGCCACACCAGGGCUUUUUCAACAGCCCUUCAACGUCUCGCACUCCUCUCUUGAGUUCACUGAGUGCUACCAGCAACAACUCUGCUACAACCUGCAUUGACAGGAACGGGCAGGGGCACCCUGUGCGGGAAGACAGCUUUGUCCAGAGGUAUAGCUCAGACCCAACAGGUGCUUUCUUGGAGGACAGCCUAGAUGACAGCUUCCUACCAGCCCCAGAGUAUGUAAACCAACUGAUGCCCCAGAAAGCAUCUGCCUCAGCAGUCCAGAAUCCAAUCUACAACAACUUCUCUCUCACAGCAAACUCAAAGGUCCCCACAGACUCCAGCUACCAGAAUUCACACAGCACAGCUGUGGACAACCCUGAGUAUCUCAACACCAACCAGUCUCCCCUGACCAAGACAGUGUUUGAGAGCUCUCCCUACUGGAUCCAGGCAGGCAACCACCAAAUAAACCUGGACAAUCCUGACUACCAGCAGGACUUCUUACCGAAGGAAACCAAAUCUAAUGGUCUCUUGAAAGUUCCUGCAGCAGAAAACCCAGAGUACUUGAGGGUAGCAGCACCAAAAAGUGAAUACAUUGAAGCCUCAGCAUGACCAUAGAGAAUUUCUUCUUGCAGCAAGGCAAGCUGGAUAAGUGAACUGUUGACUGCUGCAAGAGUAGACUCUGGCUCAGAGCAAAUGGCAACCACAAUGCAUCAAAAAGCACCUCUGCUUUUCAGCAAGGGGCUUUGAAACUGCAAAGCCUGUCUGAUGGUAGUUUGGAUCUUUCCUUACCCAUUUCCAUGUAAUAACUGAGGCCCAUAGCUUGCACUCAGAUGCAUGCUGGGAUGGAGCAGGAUCUUCCUGGACUGAAGAAAUAUGGAUGCAUUCCUUUCAUUUUCAAAUGGUAGCAUGGUAAAAAGCCACUCUGGGAUGAACUCGAGAACUGUACACAUUGUACAGUCAAAUUCCUUUCUACAUUCUGUAUUUUUAUAAAUGUUUCUAACAGAAGUUUUGGAUCUUUUACAAGAUCAGAUGCUUGUACUGCUCGUCUGCUAAGUGUUGCUCAGAUCACCAGCAGAGAAAAGAAUUAUGUUCCAAACCUCCUGGAACUGAAACUGUUAUUCCAAGCCACUAGAUUUUUACAAAUUGGCUCCAUAUACUGCCUUUUGGCCCAAAGGUGAGAAGUGCAUCUGAGGGACGUGUGGGCAGUUCUGCCCAGGGCAGUAUGGAGUGGAUUGGUCUGGGGAAAAGUAGCACAAGGAGCAAAAUGGCACAAUGCAUCACCUGCUGACCACUACUGCUACAAACUGACAAGAGGAACACACCUCCAAGUCACCUAUACAUGAUUAUAAAGUUGCUCACUAGUCUGUUUUCUGAUGGUCAAACCCAAAACUUUUUUUUGUUCUGAUCCCUUAUGCAGCUGUCAAGUUGUCAAAAUGCCUUUCUCCUUCAACAAAACUGUUAAAGAUGUUGCCGUAACUGAAAAACGAAGUGUCAGAUAAUGUUUAACAGACUUCAAUUAAAUGUCAAGGAAAUGCAAAUAGUGGCAAAUUGGAGCACUCACGAGACAGACUGGAAGAACUACACUAAAUUAAACUUGACUAAGGCAAGAAACACAGGUAGUUCUGGCCGAGCAGCUUUAUUUCCCAUUUUAAAGGGACUCAAAGCAGAAAUCAUUUUCCCUUAUGCAUUUGGCAAAGAAAAGGGGUACUAUCUAAGCAGUACAUUUCACUCACUUCAAGGCAAAGUACUACCAAUUGUUGUCCCAGGCUGGGGCAGAGGCUGGAGCUGGUUACAUGUCCCUUUGGGGUUAAUAUUCUGGCAAUGCAGGAGGAGCAGUGAGAAUGAAUUAAGGAAAGAAAGAAUAAUCUAGAGUGAUGGAAAACAUUAUCUCCCUCUUCUGAAGCACAGGGUUACCUACUGCUUCUUUGAAAUAUGCAGCAUCAUCUUCUGGUUAUUAGUGUGGUAUAGGUAGGCAAGGCAAUGCUAAGAUUUUGGCUUGACAGUAUAAAUCAGUCACAGCAGGAAAAGCAGCUACUCUUUCCAGUGACCCAUAAAAUUAUUCCAUCACUAACAUUUCUUAUGAAUGUAGGAGGAAUAAAGUACCUAAAGUGUGAAUUUAGUCAGUCCUUUAGAUGCAUCCCACCAGCAGCUUGGCAGUGCUAUUUUAAUCAAACCACUAGAUCAGAAAGCAAAUUCUCAUUUGGGGACAAAGGCCCUUAACUAGUUGAAUCUUGGCAUCUUGCUUGAGGGUAGCAUAAGCAGCUGACUUGGAGAAGAUCUGUAGUCUGUAUUAAGUAGCAAGAAACAGUCAAAUUUAUGCUGCUGCUGUGUUUAGAAUACAUCAUUAUGUGUUUCAGUUUAGGUAUUGCAUCUGAAGUCCAGGAUCAAGCAGCAAAUCCUUGGAGCACUGUUUUUACGGAUUUACCGAGGAAAGGAAACCUUCAGUCAUGUGAAAUGAGCCCUUUUUAAAGUAACAUGCAUUAGCAGUUUGUAUGUGUACAGCUCAUGGGUGCCACUACAGUACAGGGUGAAGUGCCAUGUUGGGUCAGAAUCCAGAGAUUGCUCUGUUUGGUAGAUGUGUCUCACCAUGGCCAAGUCCCAGACACGGCAGUGUGGAAGAUGCAAUGUUUGACUUGGAUUAUCAGUGGCUUUUAUUUAAAACAGUAACCAAGAUUCAGUUCCCAUGUCCAAUUAGCAGCAGAUUUCUCCUUGCAUUCCUGGGAGCAGAUUUGUUGUGUUGCUCUCACAAGUGUGCAACAUGUGCACACAGGCAGUGCUGCUUUCCCCCACCCACUGCCCUGGCAGAAAUGUACAUAAAACUAAAAAAAGAUCUUAACAGAAUUCACAGAUAAUUUUUCAGUUUGCUGAAGUUGUUAUGCCUCCAAGCAGAACACUAGAAAAUCACAUAGUGCAUAUUCUCCCACAGAAUCUUUCAAACACUACUGCACAAAGGAAUUUACUGAUUUUAAUCUGUUUAAUCUGUUAGCUAAAACAGGAAAGCCACUGAGAAAUAGCAUUAUGUAUCACCAGCAUUAUGUAGCAUGAAUAGAGGUUAAUGCUUGCCCUUUUAAAACAAUUCAGGAGGGAUUCAGUAGCAACUCAUUGCUAGAAACAAGGAGAUUCAUCUAAAAAUUAAGCAAAGUUCGAAAGAACAUCUCUCUUUGAAUGUCAUGUUUUUGAUGAAAAAAGUAGGAAAGAGGAUGUAGGACCACAAACUCUUGAUACAAAUGUAGAUUCCAGAUUGGCGGGAUCAACUAUAUAUUGUGAAGUAUUUCUGGUACAUGGCAUCUUGUAAGCCAUGAUUUGUAAGUUGGCAGCUCAGUAAUGAUUCAAAAGCCAGCAAAAAAUAAAAACUAGGUAGUGCCUGCAGGGGCAGAUAGAGUGGCACUGGGAGCAGAUGGGAUUGUGCAGCAAAUGGCUGUGGCUGGAAGCACAGGUGCUGUGCAGGGUGAUGCUCACAGGUAACAGAUAAUAGCAAUAUACCAAAUCAUUUCCACCAGGAUUAAAAAAAACCAAAAAACAAAACACAAGUAAGCAGCAGAAAUGCCCUGGUUUUGCCAUUGCAGUUCACUGAACAUUAAACAGCAAGGAGAUCCCAGCAGAUUGUGUGUGCUCAUACAGGAGACCAUGGUUAAGCAGCAUAAAUCAACAUCCAGAAAUAACUUGAAAGGUCAGCUGGAGGUGUGGGUAGAAAAGGCUGAUUUUAAAGACACAGCUAAAUAGGGAAAUGUAGCAUUCUGAAGCCUCUUCUGAAAGCCAACAGUCUUACCGCUUGAGAAAGAUAAAAUUUCCCUUUUACUGUAUUUCUCAUGGAAGACCAAAUAAAACAUAAGUUAGCCUUAGCAUCUAUCAUAAAGCUGUAGUUAUUGCAGAACUCCUUUUGCAAUAAUAAUUUAGGACUUUUAAUAACUUCUAAGUGUAUGAAAAUGUAAUUUAAGAGUCUUCAUCUUACUUUGAUCUUUUGCAGUGACUGUGUGCAGUGUCAGUGCACUUGAUUUCAUUGUGGGCCUUGGGUUGUUUUCUUCUGCUGCAAGGCAGUUGAUCUGGGAAAUUUUCUUCCUCUUGCAAUUGAUUUUGUUGAGUAAAUUCAUCCAGAGGCCAGGGGCUUGCUGUUGUUCCCAGCUGACAAUCAACACUGAAGUAAGCUUUUUUAGAGAGAGCGGUUGGAAACAGAUGGUGGUUUCUGGAAUGCCUUGGGGUGAUGCCCCAUCCCACCAACUUCACCAUGACUUGAAGCCUGCCCUAGCAUUAGGAAAUGUGGUCCUGCAGUUUGUUUGAAAGGAAGGGACUUGUAUAGGAAGAGUAAUGCCAGGGAAGGGCUGCAGCUGACCAGUCCAUACCUGAGACAGCUGCUGAGUUUGCACAGGGACAUCACUGAGGCCAUUGACUGUUCCUGCAGGUACAGUGCUCCUGUCUUGAACCCAGCUUGAUGUGAAGUGGGUUGCAGAGACUGCUGGUGUGAAAACCAAUGUACAUGGCAUUUGUACUACAGGGGGUAUCUCUUCUCUUCCCUGGGGGCGUAGUUAGGGUUACAACAAUGUCACAGGACCCCAAACAGCUUGAAGAAAUCCCAUCAAAAGGUGCCUGGGGUGUUCUUGGUCUGUCUGCGGGUGCUCCAGGUUGCCAAAAACAAACUUUGCAUUUCCAAACAAGGGCUCAUUUUUCACAUUCAACAUUUUCUGUUAGUAUGACCACUGCCUGUCAAAUGAGCAGUUACGGUACUCUGGCCAUUGUUUCCCCCAAAGCUUCUCUAUGAGAAAACACUUGAAUCAGGACAAAGUAUGAAAAUUUACCUGUGUCCUCCUUCUUGGUGGAAACUGUAUACUCAUGAAAUGUCAGACUGUGUACAACACUUAGCAGGAGUGCUUUGUAAUGUUUUAUCACCACUGGUUCAAAUUUUUAUAUUGGGAUCCCAUUUUCUAGCUUUCUUCUUAUAAAUGUUCCCUCUUUGUUCUGACAGACAACUUUCAAGAAGCCUUUUUAAAUAAUAAAAAAAAAUAGAAAAAAAAAGUUUAUGCAAAAGAAAAACUUGACACCUUCAAGUAGCUUGUCAAAUGGGCUGCAUUAGGACCAAAGAUGUAACGUCUUGUUUUCUUGCUUUAAAGGAAUAAGGUAUUGAUCACCACUUCCACAGCCUCUUUUUAUAGAAAAGAGCUACAGAACUCCACCCUUCAUUGGGGCAGGGUCAGACCUCCACUGAGCAGAGACUUUGGCAGGAGGGUGAGGCCUGUCCAUAGAAAACCAAACUGAAUAUCAGGACCAUGUAUCACUUCAGGGCCAAACCUACAACCUCUGCUCUGUAUUGCACUUAAUGCAAUAUCUAAACAGAGACAUAGCCAAGAAAAAAGAAGCAAAAGAAGCCAAGAAAAAAGAAGCAAAUGAUAUUUUGGCUCAGUAUCAGAAAAAAUACGAUGAUGUGAAGAUGAGGCAUGAUAAAAUAACUUCUUUGUGUGAGGAAGUGUGUAGGCAGGCAGUGAGACUUUAAAACAGUAACACUUUUGGUUAUGUAUUACUUUAAUUAUGCAGGACAGUUGAAAUCACGGAGCUUCCAUGAUGUGCUUUGCUUUCUGCCAUGUUUCCUGCCUGCUUUUGAUGUCUGGUGUUAGGCAGAUCACCACCUCUAUCACCAUGGCUUGUGUGGACUGAGAAUUGUGGGUCCAUGCAGUCCUUCUUUUUAUGCAGGGAGAGAAAAGUGCAGCCAUAGUUGGCUGUACUACAGUUAGUGAUCAAGCUAAGCACUCAACAGCAUCCAAAAAUGGCUUUCCCAAGGGAAAAAAAUGGUAACUGAAGACCUACCUGGCAAAAGACACAGCACUUGUUGCACUGAUGAAGUCAGCAGUCAGAAUGUUGAACACCUUCAGCCAAGAUUUGGGGCUGGUGUUCCAUCAACUUUGCUGUCAUCUAGCAUGGUGCAGAUGGGGUUGUCUGGAUGUGCAGCAGCACAGGUCCUAUGGUCUCUUUCUAUCUUUCACUUUGAAGUAAUGGAUUUUUCUGAUUAAUAAGGUGAAAACCAGAAACCAAAAGAAAGAAAACCAGAAAUCAAAAAUGCCUCUAACAACUGGACUGGUAGAAGGUGUUGUUCCUAUACAGCCAAUACAGUACAUAAUUUCCAGUCAGGCUGGAAUUUAUCUCGACUCUUCUCCUUACCUCCCACAAGCUAGCUGGAGAGUGUGCAUUUGCAACCACCAUCAAUGUUAUCCUCAUAUUUUAUUAAAGGGAAUAAUCAAAGUAGUUGUCUACAAUGGUAGGAGGCUUGGCUCAUAUACCUACAUUCCCUUUUUAAUCCUACAUUCCUAAUUGUGUUCUCCUUGAAAUUAAUGAGAUGUUUAAAUUGAUUACAGUGAGAGUAUAAAACAAGGCUAAUGUUGAGUGAUUUUUGAAAAUCCCUCACAAUAAUCAGAGAUCCUAUGGAUCCAUUGCCCAUUUUAGGCUGCUUUGUAUUGAUGCAAUCAACCGAAUAUAAGGUAUGAUGACUUGGUUUUAAUAAACUGUCAAGCAAUAUAUCCACAGAUACAGAUGGUACCUUCAGAGCAUUGUAAAGUUACUCAACUAUGAAAGCACUAUUUGUAAAAUAAGAAACUCUUGACUUUUAUAUGGUUUAAUGGUUUAUACUGUUGAUCAAAGAUUGUUUGUAUAUGAGCGAUGAAAAAAUGAGGUGUAUAUUAUUCUUUUUAAUUGUUUUUAAUUUUUGGAGGACUUUUAUUGUAAUAUACUGUUGUAUUUGGGGGGAACAAAAAGCAGUGGCUAGCUUGUAGCUUGUAGCCAGAGGAGAACUCACAGUAAGGGUUCUUUAUUGAUGGACUUAGAUUUUUUUUUUUCUGGUAAAAUUUGUCACCUUGGGGAUUUAUCCAGAGCUUAGUGAAGCUAGUAACAGCACUCUUUCCUCUCUUCAACAGCACUCUUUUCUCUGCAUGCACAGUGCUGGAGUUUCAUAAUGUGAGCAAUAAUACAGGCAACCCUUGUGACCAAUGGAAGUGCAAUAUGAAAGCCCAGGUGCUGCUUAUCAGGGCCUAGAAAAAGCUGCUCUUUUAUGUGUCAGGUUCCCACUUCACUUCCAUGACAAGAGCAGAAGCAGAGUGAAAGCAAUCCAUCAAAGGCUGAUCUAUGUGGCAUAUGAAGCCAUAGUGUUGGCCAUUUCCAAAGUACAUAGCUAAGGCAAAAUAAAGUCUCAACCAGAGUUACACUGGUGACUUGAAUUGUUGUACUAUACUAGUCAGGAAGAGAAAUUCUGUUAGUGAAGGCAGCCAAAUGAAGCCCCAGUGUACCCUGAGUAUGUGUAUUUAACAUCCAACUGGUGGAACAUGUGGCUGACAAAGAUUAAAGGAAUUGCAGGGUCUUCAGCAUAACAGCAAAAUACACAGCAUUGGCAAGACAGUAAAGAGGAGAGGAGCUGGAAUUGUCAGUAUACAUUCAGCCUGGAUAGGUCCCUGGUAUCACAAUUAGUAAAUGAAAUAAUUUUUGUCUUUAUAGAUUAAUUUUGUACACAGGAAAAAAAAAAGCCACAAUAGCACCUUUCUCAUUUUCAUCUUUCCAUCCAAACCCUUUCAGUACAUAGGCUGCAUGUUUUACCAGCUCUACCUAUUUUAUGCAGAAAUUAUGUAGUCUUAAUCUUCAUAUUACUGGUUCUCAGAAAUGUCUAAUGCGUAUUAAUGCAUGAUAUUUUUAUUUUAAUAAAAGUAAUUAAAUAAA